AUGGCAUCGAACCGUGACUCUGUCGCCUCAAAUCCAGCUGCUAACGGCGACGAAGGCAAUGCGGAUGUCACAGCAGCUGUUGAAGAUCUCUUAAACACCCUGUCCAACAAAUUAUCUGGUGUAUCAUCCGAGAUUUUCGCCAAAAUGGAUGAAAUGUCUCGCAGACUCGAUAGCCUUGAAGCUGCUCUACUAGAGAGCAAGAAAAACAAGGAGGCAAACUCUUCAUCCAAACCUUGA